AUGGAUCUUUCGUUUACUUUUCAUGUAGAAGGUAUGGUUGUACGGUUCCUAGCCGUUAAGACUCGCGGGAGUUCAGAUUCAAAAUUUGCUCUCUCACCCCACAGACGUUUUUCUUCUUCCUCUAACAUAAAGCAUCUGAAACAAACCCACGGUAGAUUGAUCAGAAACGGUGAAAUCCAUGACAUCGUGACCGUUGGCAAGCUCGUGGCAGACAUCGUGGUCUCGGAUCCUUCAAACCUUAAUUAUGCUCGAUCCGUUUUCGCUCGGAUCGAAUCUCCCCUCAACAUUUUCACCUGGAAUUCCAUGAUAAGAGGCUACGCCCAUAGCUCCACACCAGUGCAGGCGAUAUCACUCUACCGGGAAAUGCUAGAGAAGGGAUUUCUACCCAACAACUACACAUUCCCCUUUGUAUUCAAGGCUUGCACCCAGCUCAUGAAUCUCGAUCUUGGAUUGGCGAUCCAUGCAUCGGUAAUCAAAUGCGGGCUCGAAGACUCCGAUGUUUUCAUCCAAACUUCGUUGGUGAAUCUGUAUGCCUCGUGUGGGUGUAUAGAAAUUGCACGCCAGCUGUUCGACAGAAGUCCCAAGAAAGAUGUUACCUCUUGGAAUGCCCUUAUUAAGGGCUAUCUGAGGGUUGAUAGGUACAUGGAUGCUAUUCAUGUGUUCAGACGAAUGCAAGAUGAGGCGAAUGUGAGGGCCGAUGAGAUUACUAUGCUUAGUGUAGUGUUGGCUUGUGCCCAUUUGGGGGCAUUGGAUAUGGGCCAAUGGAUACACUCCUAUAUCAAUAAGAAUCGAAUGCAGAUGACUGUGAGCUUGGGGACUGCCCUUGUCGAUAUGUAUGCAAAGUGUGGGAAUAUUGAUACUGCAGUUUCUUUGUUUGAAAGCAUGCCUGAGAGGGAUGUGAGGACAUGGAGUGUGAUGAUCAGCGGGCUUGCCAUUCAUGGGUUUGCAAAUGAAGCCCUUGAUCUCCUCUCCAAGAUGGAGAGGGUUGGGGUCAAGCCGGAUUCAGUGACUUUCACUGGCAUUCUGUGUGCGUGUAGCCAUGCAGGCAUGACACGAGAGGGACUAGAAAUUCUUGAUAGGAUGAUCCACGUGUACCUUUUCGAGCCCACAAUUGAGCAUUAUGGUUGUGUCGUGGAUCUCUUGGGCCGAGCAGGCCGUUUGGAGGAGGCAUUGCAUUUGAUCGAGAGGAUUCCUCUGAAACCAGAUGUUGUUCUCUGGGGUGCUCUUCUAGUGGCUUGUAGGGUUCAUAAGAACAUCGAGAUGGGUGAAUUGGUCGCGAAGGAGAUGCUCAAGUUGGAUCCUUACAAUGGUGGAGCCCACGUAUUCUUAUCCAAUAUCUAUGCAUCCACAGGCAAUUGGGGCCGAGUCGAACAUGUGAGGAACUUGAUGAAGGAGCAGAGGAUUAAGAAGCUGCCUGGGUCUAGCUUGAUCGAAUUGGAUGGUGUUGUUCAUGAAUUCAUCGCCAGAGACCGAUCCCAUCCUCAGACCAGCCGAAUUAAUGUGAUGUUGGAUGAGAUCACGAGGCUUUUGAGCAUCGAAGGGCAUGCACCCACUACCCGUGGAAUUUCAUUUGAUAUAGAUGAGGAGGAAAAGGAGCAAGCUCUCUCUCAACAUAGUGAGAAGCUGGCGAUUGCUUUUGGAUUGAUCAGCACUAGGCAAGGGACCACCCUCCGCGUUGUGAAGAACCUUAGGGUUUGUGAGGAUUGCCAUUCUGCAAUGAAGUUGAUAUCGAAGAUCUUCGAUCGGCUUAUAAUCAUUAGAGACCGCAGCCGCUUUCAUCACUUCAAAGAUGGAUUUUGUUCUUGUAGAGAUUACUGGUGA